AUGCAAGCUUCGGAUGCUUCAGGCAUCCCGAAUCAUUCUCGUUUUAUCCCUAAAUACGAUACGGGCUUUUCACACGGCUCUUAUAAUUCGAACAACCCAAACUCCCUGAGAAACCGUCGCGCGAAUAUCCCUGCUAUAAAUACUGCCGCCGCCGGCCAGACCGCCGACAUGUCUGGUGGGUUCGAUAUGAACUUUACUCCCCUCCUUCCUUCGCAGUUGCUCGUCGGUAGCCCCUUCCAACCCGGAACACCCUCGGCCUUUCACUCGCCUCAGUUCGCCAGCUUCGGUGGUUUCCCGCAAGCGAACGGAAAUGGACACCAGAACAACCAGCACCAGCUGGGUAGCCCGACCCAGGGCAUGCACAACUCUGGCAUGUACCCUCACAUGCUGUCGACGGAAGGAUUAGGCGGAUCCCAGCUCCUGGGUGGUCCCCAGUCACCCAUCAACGGAUUGGGUGGCCUGGGUAGCGCAGCCUUGGGUAGCCCUGUGGCCUCGGUUUCACCGGGAUUGCUGUCAGGAACCAGUCGCACAGUAUACUUAGGAAACAUUCCCGCUGAAACAAGCGCGGAGGAAAUCCUGAACCAUGUGCGCAGCGGUCAGAUCGAGUCGGUGCGUCUUCUGCCCGAUAAGAACUGCGCCUUCAUCUCUUUCCUGGACAGCAGCUCUGCCACUCACUUCCACUCCGAUGCCAUCUUGAAGAAGCUAGCCAUCAAAGGGAAUGACAUCAAGGUCGGCUGGGGCAAACCCUCCCAGGUCCCUACAUCCGUCGCCCUGGCUGUUCAGCAGUCGGGCGCGUCCCGCAAUGUUUACCUGGGAAAUCUACCUGAGGAGACCCUUGAGGACAACCUGCGCGAAGAGCUGGGUAAAUUUGGACCCGUCGACACAGUCAAGAUCGUCAAGGAGAAGGCGAUCGGCUUCGUGCAUUUCUUGUCUAUUAGCAAUGCCAUGAAGGCUGUCACUCAGCUCCCCCAGGAACCGCAGUGGCAAGCUCCUAAGCGCGUCUUUUACGGCAAGGACCGUUGCGCUUAUGUCUCGAAGACACAGCAGCAGAAUGCGGCGCAGUUCCUAGGCAUUGCGCCCGGUUACGCGCAUGUGCUGAACUCCGCCGAUCGGGACCUUAUUUCUAAUGCUCUCGCACAACAGUCCGUUGCUGCGGCCGCCGUGGCCACGACUGCUGGUGGUGUGAACAACCUUGGCAACAGGACCAUCUAUCUCGGAAAUAUUCACCCUGAGACCACCAUUGAGGAAAUAUGCAACGUCGUGCGUGGAGGACUCUUGCAUCACAUCCGUUAUAUUCCUGACAAGCACAUUUGCUUCGUCACCUUUAUUGACCCUACCUCGGCUGCCUCAUUUUACGCGCUGAGCAACCUUCAGGGCCUGAUGAUCCACAACCGCCGACUGAAGAUAGGCUGGGGUAAGCACUCUGGACCCCUGCCUCCCGCCAUUGCCCUGGCAGUCAGUGGUGGCGCCUCUCGUAACGUCUACAUCGGUAACCUUGAUGAGGCUUGGACUGAGGAGCGCCUCCGUCAGGAUUUCUCUGAGUACGGUGAGAUUGAGUUGGUCAACACUUUGCGUGAGAAGAGCUGUGCCUUUGUCAACUUCACCAACAUUGCCAACGCCAUCAAAGCGAUCGAGGGCAUGCGCAACCGCGAGGAAUACCGCCGGUUCAAGAUCAACUUCGGCAAGGACCGCUGCGGAAACCCGCCACGACAGGCUGGUAACCAGGGUGGAAACCAGCAGAAUCGCAACGGCAACGGUUUAGAAGGCCCUCAGUCGCCUUCGCCUGCGCUGAAUGGAUUCCAGCAGAGCCUCAGCCAGUCCGGUUCCCAGUCGAGCCCUACUCGCCCUGCCCUGUCGCCUGCCCCAGGUUCCACUGGUUCCCAGAAUGGCCAUCAACACCGCCACCCGUUGCAGAAUGUUUCCUCUGCUUCGGGGGCAUUGAAUGUGGGUGUGAACAACCCGCUGACCAUGUACCUCAACCAGAUGUCUGCUCAGCAAGCGCAGGAUCAGGAGAAUCAACUCAAUGACCCCAUGGCUCUGGCUGGUCUCCAGGCUCAGUCACAGGCCUCGCAGCAGCAAUCCAUGUAUAAUGGCACUAGCAACGGCGAUCUUUCCAACGGAAACCUUAAUGCGCCAAUGCACUCACACAAGUCUUCGGUCAACGGCAAUGGCUACCUGAGUGUAGGCAACGGCUCCGGUCACGGUCACCACUCCACUGCCAGCACCAGCAGUCUGAGUGUGCCCCGUGCUUCGCACUCUCGCGCCGUUAGUCUGCCUUCAUUCUCCCAGGAGCCUUUUGGACCGGUUGCUGGCCAAGGCAGCCACAUUCGCACCGGUCCGACACACCAGCCACAGAGCAGCUUUUCUAGCUUCUCGACCGGCCUGGGUGGACUGAACCACUCAGGCUUCGGCUUGGCCAUUCAGAACGAAAGUUCUUUGCCUGGCUGGGCCGAAGAGGAGAUCGGUGCCAAAUAA